UGGAAUAUCAUGUUAUAAAAUGAAACCUUGACAACUGAAGUUUAAUGUUACUAAUUACCUACCCACCCUACCAUGCAACGCCUGUCUGACACUGCCAGCUAUGGUACAUAAUUCAUGACACUGUUUCAUGUUGCUUGGGGCACCUCGCACCGAGGCGCUUCGUUACUCAUUGAGGUACUCUCGGAAGAGGGUGUGACAUAUUGUUUAAAUGCUUGGAUUAGAAUGAAGAUCCAAUACACGGUUGAUGUGAAUAAUAGACUUGAAUGAUACUGACUUAUGAAGUGGCUCGUCCUUCAAAUAGGAUGAAGCGAAAAGCUAACAAUCUCGGUUCUGAACAUUACUUUCUGUAAGCCGUAGGUAAAGUUACGUUUCGGAUGCUCUCAACUGGAUUUUCCUGAUAGCAUUCAUAUCGACACCAGGAGUAAAAAUAACGAAUUCAGUAAUGCGUGGUCAGCGCAUCAAGAUAAGGCGCCAAAAACUGCUGUCUAGUUCUCCUAAUAUGUACAGACAGAUACCAAUGUAACUACUGGAUACAUAUUGGAUAAAACUACAGACAUGUGAAGAUCUAGAUUUCACGUUCUAGCACCAUUUAUAUCAUGUACCGAAUGAGUUCUUCGUAUUCAAAAAACCAACAAACCAAGAUGUAGCUGAUAAAGUAGAUCGCUUGAUCCUUGGUGACCAUUAUCUCACUUUGGAGUGUUUCAUCAGAGAACAUUGGGUGAGCUAUUCCGAAUGAAUGCUCUUAGUGAACUUCCGUUUCGGAGAAGCUUUUCUCUAUUGGAUUCCUUCCUUGUUUAUUGUCCUGACUAUGAUUCUGGUCUUGUGUGCCUCCUUUUGGCGAUUUCAUCGGAAGAAAAUGAUGAAGAGAGUCCUCCAAUAUGACUAUCUCGAGGCUAACCUGGACGUGAAGCGACCACGUAUUGGGGCCAUUCAUUGUUUCUCUCACGAGGCGCAUGUCAGUGACCUAACCAUGUCUUUAUCCUCAAAUGACCUACCCUGGGGACGAUCCCCCAGACAGUUUUACAAUCGACAGUUCAGUCGCUCCAUCAGCAAUCCGGGAUUCGACCGGUACGGUAACCCAUUAGGUGUACUGCGGGAAGAGGCUGAAGGGAGGCAUUUACUCAGGCGCGAGACUGAGCCUUCCUGGCACCCCGGAACUCCUGAGGACCACGGUUACGACAACCCGGUCACACCGUCUGUCCUCAAUUCUUACUACGAGGACUGUGGCCUUCCUGUUCCGAGUGCUAAACCGCGCAGGAAAGCGCCGGUCACGAAGACUCGGUCACGAGGCGGUCUCGCAGCCACAUUCAUGGGGAAUUCGGUGUUUGAUAGUGACAGUAGCACACAAUCGGAGCUAUUUAACAGGAUGGAGACUGUCGUACACUCCCCUAGACGCUUGCCUGACAUGGAAAAUAGUUACUGGAAGUCAGUCGAUCCUAAAACCGUGGCGUCCAUGGGGAACAAAUCAAGCCCCGUUUCACUAAAUCCCGAUGACCCUAGAAGUCUUUCGCAGCAAUAUGAAUAUGAUCUUUACGUCGAAGAACAAAGCCAUGUGGCAAAGAGGAAAAAGAAAUCGAAAAAGUUAUUCAAGGAAUUAGCCAUGAAAGCGAUAGCAAAUAAUAAAAGUGAUGACAACGAAUCCUCAACGAAAAAAUCUAAGAAGAAAAAGAAAAAGGGACACAAGAAAAAAGUGCGUGACGUAGAGAUACCGGAUGUGACGUAUCCUAUCAGAAUAAACGACCCCAGUCGAGAGCGGAUAUUCUGGUUGUCCCCUAACGAUGUACCACAAUCAACCGUGUGAUUUCAUUCAGAUAGCUUCAUGUCUGGGUGAAACUCAUACUAAAUACAUGGUGUUGUUAAAAAAAUGUACUUGACAUACAAUGAUACCGUAUACGUGUAUACGACAAACUAUUCAGCAUUCCCUUGGGUAUUAUCAAGUCUUAGCUUUAUAGAAUUUAUCCAAGGAAGCAGUUUGAUAUUGUUUGAAAUAAAGAGUUUUGUAUAUUUAUGUAAGGGUAUGUGAUGCUAGGAAUGUUUCACUUCACCUGGUGAUUCACGUUAUGACGUGUUUCACGUUUCAUCAUGUUUUCUCAUGGCGUCCUGAUUCACAUUACGACGUGUUACGUUAUGUUUUUUCAUGGCGUCCUGAUUCACAUAACGGCGUGUUUCACGUUACGUCAUGUUUUCUCAUGGCGUCCUGAUUCACAUUACGACGUGUUACGUCAUGUUUUCUCAUGGCGUCCUGAUUCACAUUACGUCCCAUCACAUUACAUUCUCGCUUGUCGUGUCGUAUCAUCUCUCUUCUCUCUCUAGUCUGACUACAUGUACCUCACAACAGGUCACUGUGUAAUGAUACACGUGGUUCCCGUGACAUGAACUGAUCGACGAGUCCUAUCCUAACUCUACGGAAUCCCUUGAGGGACAAGUUUACUGGUGUGUAAACUGCAUUUUUACAGACAUUUCAAACAUCGCCCGCUGAAAUAUCUGGGUAUUUUUUCAUCGUUAUAUUUUAGUUAAUUCUACCAUAUUCAAUUGAUAUUCUAUUGGGAAAAAGUCAAAGGAGAAACGAAAAAUAGUCAUUGCGCAUUCACACUACUUGCGCAUGUGUACACCGGUCCGGCUAUGAACAUUUGCAGUGUAUUCCUACGCGUCAAAUUUGAUGUUUACACACUCGUAAACGAUGUUUUCGUCAGUAAGGUUAUAUAUAACGAACACACACCGGAAAUGCAAAUAUUUCUAAUUGAGCAGCUAGGCAAGUUCUGUUCAGUAAAAUGUUCACUUUUUAAUCAAGUAAUCGUGUCAACUUUCCAAAAUUUUAAUACGUAUCAUGUAUAUUCGUCUGCGCUGAAGCCGUCCAUUUUGCCGGAAAGCCUUACCACUUUUUGUAAUAUUUUCCAAAUAACAAAUAAGUUGUAAUAAUAAAUAACAAUUUGGAAUAACAAUUAAGUGGUAACUGAAAAUGUACCUCAACGACUUCCGUAACACUCUGAACUAAUCUAUAUCUACACUCUUGUCCUACGGGCUUGUAUCCUGGACUAGCCUUUAGGCCAUUGUAAACUCCACUUUGGUACCGGUGCACUAAAAUUUGGCACCCGAUCGAUGACGUCAUGUCCAAGAUUCUAACACAUUUAUAUCAUUGUCUUCUCUCUUCACCAGACUGCAGAACGUUCGGAAGAAGACUAUAAUUAGAACUUAAAAUCGAUAUAUAAAUAUGGCAAGGAUAGCAAAGGAACGUGAAUCUCUACAUGAAGCAAACCACCUACAGUGUAUAUGUAUAUAAUUCAUUGACGCUGUAUGUAAUUUACAUCUACAAAAAUAUUUAAGUGAGAUCCAACGUAAACAAGUUGAGAAUGCAUCAGGUGUAAAAUAGUUCCGAAUGCGCUUGUACGAUCUGUCUUCAUCCUGUGCUGUGUAUUUGUCCAUUGUCUGUCGAUAUAUACUAUAGAUAAAAUAUUCCAACCUCGCCUUCGAAUUCCAAAUAAUAUACGAAACAAUGAACGAUUCUGAAAGGGUCAAUGUUUAUAUAAAAGUUUAUAAUGGAAAAAACACGAACAUCUAAACCGUCCUUGAUGGUCAUACUACUAGUAUAUUUAAGAUGGAGUAUGUGUGUCUGUUCAGGGCGAUAUAUACAAUCUACAUAUUCGCUUUAUUGUAUCCAAAGAUUAGAUUAAGCAUAUGCAUACUGAAAGUUUCCUUUAAUUCCUUUUAUUACAAAGACUACAUUUCUUUAAUGACAACUUUCUGAAACAUUAAGGUAUGACAUUCGGCAAGAAAAGUGCUGGCACCUACGUUACAGACAUCCUUUGUCCGAAAAUACACGCCAUUGACAUGUAAAACAGGAAAACAUUAAAUAAAAUAUUUUAUUUUACACA